CUUUCUUUCCUGCUGAUGGUCAUUACCUUCCCGAUCUCCAUAUGGAUGUGCUUGAAGAUCAUUAAGGAGUAUGAACGUGCUGUUGUAUUCCGACUGGGACGCAUCCAAGCUGACAAAGCCAAGGGGCCAGGUCUGAUUCUGAUCUUGCCCUGCAUAGAUGUGUUUGUCAAAGUGGAUCUCCGGACCGUUACUUGCAACAUUCCUCCCCAGGAGAUCCUCACCAGAGACUCUGUGACCACUCAGGUGGACGGAGUGGUCUAUUACAGGAUCUAUAGCGCCGUCUCAGCGGUGGCUAAUGUCAACGAUGUCCAUCAAGCCACGUUUCUGCUGGCUCAGACCACUCUGAGAAAUGUCUUAGGGACACGGACCUUGUCCCAGAUCCUAGCUGGCCGAGAAGAGAUCGCCCACAGCAUCCAGACCUUACUUGAUGAUGCCACUGAGCUGUGGGGGAUCCGGGUGGCCCGGGUGGAAAUCAAAGACGUCCGGAUUCCCGUGCAGUUGCAGAGGUCCAUGGCCGCUGAGGCCGAGGCCACCCGGGAAGCCAGGGCCAAGGUCCUUGCAGCGGAAGGAGAAAUGAAUGCUUCUAAAGCUCUGAAGUCCGCCUCCAUGGUGCUGGCUGAGUCCCCGGCAGCCCUCCAGCUGCGUUACCUGCAGACCUUGGCCACCGUGGCCACAGAGAAGAAUUCCACCAUUGUGUUUCCUCUGCCCAUAAAUAUGCUGGAGGGCAUUGGUGGCAUCACCUACGACAACCACAAGAAGGUCCCCAACAGAGCUUGA